AUCUAUCCGCUCUUCUCUACGGUAGAGAGCAACUGUGUUCACGACGUACUAGUAGUGUCAGCCGUCCUCACAACGAAGGAGCAACAUGCUAAUACAAUAGGUUGUGAAAGAGUAAGCCUUGCCCCACCUCCUGGGCCGUCAGCCACACCUCUUCCUCACACACACGGAAACCGAGAGAGAAACGGAGCGUAAGAGGGGGAGGAUAAAGAGGAACCUUCAGCCAGGGGUGUGGCCUGCAGAGCGUGGUGCUACAGCUGGAUGCUAGGUCAGUCAGCUGGUUCACUGUACAGGGCUGAGGGGUUGGAGGAGAUACUGCUGCUACUGGGGUUGAGGACUGGCUUAAGUGAAGGACACAGAGCUAAAAAGAAAAGGUUCAGCGCAGUCAGCACGAUGACUGAAGGGGACUAUGAUUACCUGAUCAAGCUCCUGGCUCUGGGGGACUCUGGAGUAGGGAAGACAACGUUUCUAUACAGGUACACAGACAACAAGUUCAACCCCAAGUUCAUCACCACGGUGGGAAUAGACUUCAGGGAAAAGAGAGUGGUGUACACAGCGUCGGGCCCCAAUGGAACCACAGGGAAGACUUUUAAAGUUCACCUCCAGCUCUGGGAUACGGCUGGACAGGAGAGGUUCCGGAGCCUGACUACAGCCUUCUUCAGAGAUGCCAUGGGCUUCCUGCUGAUGUUUGACCUCACCAGCCAACAGAGCUUUCUCAACGUCCGUAACUGGAUGAGCCAGCUACAGGCCAAUGCGUACUGUGAGAACCCAGACAUUGUGUUGGUGGGCAACAAGGCAGACCUGGCGGACCAGAGAGAGGUGCAGGAGAAGCACGCUAAGGAACUAGCCGACAAGUACGGGAUCCCAUACUUUGAGACGUCGGCAGCGACGGGGUCUGAGGUGGACAAGGCGGUCCUCACUCUACUAGACCUGGUCAUGAAAAGGAUGGAGCAGUGUGUCGACAAGCCCACCGCCGAGCCCGCCAACGGGGGAGGGGCCACCAAACUGGAGGACGCUGCGCCUGACCAGAAGAAGUGUGCAUGCUAGACCUGGCCUCUACCACGUCCCCUUCUCCCUACUCUGGUUGGUCCUCUAGUGCGCCCUCUGGUGGCCAGACGCAGAAGGGCAGCAGCGUGGCCACAGCAUGAUGUGUGAGGGGGCAGCUCAGUCAGCCACACUGCAAUGGGGCUGUGGUUCUGGCCUUGCAUGGCCUGUGUGUACUGUGCUGGGCCUGGCUAUGUGUCUCUCCUGCCUGUCCUGUGUUGUGUUGUAUUGUGUCUCAAAUCUCACCCUGUUCCCUUACAAAUAGGGCAUUACAUUUGACCAGAGCCUAUAAGGGUGUGCACUAUGUACGUUGCCUUGGACGUAAUGGACAAGACAGCGGGAUGAGGUGGAGCUGAGUUCAUUAUCUCCAAGGUAAUGUACACAACGGAGGCAUUUAUCCCGCUUAUACCACAGUUGCCAAAGAAAACAAUACUGAAGUAGACAUUUUCUGGUGGAAAUGUUUUCAUAGAUUUUUUUACAUUUUAAAUUCAUUAAAAGUCAAAUUAAUACUUUUUCCAUCCUCCCAUUGAAACCUGAUUGUUAGUCCCGUUGCCAGAGAUGUGACCCAGUUGUUCAUUCUGUCUGUUCCACGGACGUUUUUAUUCGGUUGAAACCUGAUUGUUAGUCCCGUUGCCAGAGAUGUGACCCAGUUGUUCAUUCUGUCUGUUCCACGGACGUUUUUAUUCGGUUGCCAUGCUGACUUGCUUGCUAGCUAGUGAACUAUUUUUAACACAAUCACAUCAACCUCUGCAGCCAGAAUAACAGCAAAGUAGCUGCGUUUUGAGUAAGCUGUUUUCUAGUGACAAUUAAUUUGGAUACAUCCAUAACAAUGAGCUGAUGAUGAUGAUGAUGAGCGAUUUUGGCAUUGAACAGUUUGCGUUCGCGUCACGACACUUCAUUAUGAGGAGAGCGCAUUGCAUAUUUACAUUUUUUGAGUCAUUUAGCAGACGCUCUUAUCCAGAGUGACUUGCAGUAGCAAUUAGGGUUAAGUACCUUGCUCAAGGGCACAUUGUUCACCUAGUCCGCUCUGGGAUUCGAACCAGCGACCUUUCGGUUACUGGCCCAAUGCUCUUAACUGCUAGGCUAGCUGCUGCUCUUAUCGAACACGUCAAACACUAGGCUUGAACGUAGCUAAACAGUUUGUUGCUAGCAAACAUGCCAAUAUGACAAAUCGAAUUUAACAAUAUCAGUUGCUGAAAACAGCUGUUUAAAAUAGAAAAGUGGGAGUGUUUGACAGCAUAGCUCCACUUGCAACGUUGAAGGACCGGAAAAAUGUCAUGUUCAUCCCAUCACUCACCACGUUAGGUUCAUCCAGAGGUCUCUGCAAAAAAAAUAAACGAAUGCUAGCUAGCUAGUUAGCGAAGUUUUUCCCGGUUGGACUUGCGUUUACAAUGUAUCCAAUAUAGGUUUUGUGUGGUUGUUGGUUUAUCUUUCUGUAACUACAGUCUGCAUGUGUAGUGCUUUAUACUGCGUCAUGAUUAGCUAUCCCAUAUAUCUGUCCCAGACACAUCCAACUGUCUUCUAUAUUUGGUUCUAAUGCCCAUUCUAGAAUGCCCUUCUAGCCAAUCGGAAAUGAGUAUUCAACAACGCUGUGGUAUAAAUAGGGAAUAGGUUGCCAUUUGGGACAAAAGCCUGGCCUUACCGGAGACCUACGCUUUAUCAGACUUUAUAUCCUCAUGUUGUUUAGAAGUAUUUGUCCAAUCUAAUCUACUGCCUUGGCUUUUAAGGCCCCAUCCGUACAGUACCAAUAUUAAAAUCUAAUCUACUGCCUUGGUUUGUAAGGCCCCAUCCGUACAGUACCAAUAUUAAAAUCUAAUCUACUGCCUUGGCUUGUAAGGCCCCAUCCGUACAGUACCAAUAUUAAAAUCUAAUCUACUGCCUUGGUUUGUAAGGCCCCAUCCGUACAGUACCAAUAUUAAAAUCUAAUCUACUGCCUCGGCUUUUAAGGCCCCAUCCGUACAGUACCAAUAUUAAAAUCUAAUCUACUGCCUUGGCUUGUAAGGCCCCAUCCGUACAGUACCAAUAUUAAAAUCUAAUCUACUGCCUUGGUUUGUAAGGCCCCAUCCGUACAGUACCAAUAUUAAAAUCUAAUCUACUGCCUCGGCUUUUAAGGCCCCAUCCGUACAGUACCAAUAUUAAAAUCUAAUCUACUGCCUUGGCUUGUAAGGCCCCAUCCGUACAGUACCAAUAUUAAAAUCUAAUCUACUGCCUCGGCUUUUAAGGCCCCAUCCGUACAGUACCAAUAUUAAAAUCUAAUCUACUGCCUCGGCUUGUAAGGCCCCAUCCGUACAGUACCAAUAUUAAAAUCUAAUCUACUGCCUUGGCUUGUAAGGCCCCAUCCGUACAGUACCAAUAUUAAAAUCUAAUCUACUGCCUUGGCUUGUAAGGCCCCAUCCGUACAGUACCAAUAUUAAAAUCUAAUCUACUGCCUUGGCUUUUAAGGCCCCAUCCGUACAGUACCAAUAUUAAAAUCAUAAAGCAUUUGACCAGUUAUUUAUAUAUGAUUUUAGAUUUUGUGUAUUUAAAUUUAAAGUUCUUAUUCUAGAGUUGUAUGUUUAACUUUUUUGUUUUAGAUCAGAUUGUUAUUACAGUAAAUGUGAUCCGUUAGAUUAUGGUUCAACACACUCAUUAAAUUUACAGUAAAUCUAAUCCGUUUAGAUUAUGGUUCAACACACUCAUUAAAUUUACAGUAAAUCUAAUCCGUUUAGAUUAUGGUUCAUUGCACUCAUUAAAUUUACAGUAAAUCUAAUCCGUUUAGAUUAUGGUUCAACACACUCAUUAAAUUUACAGUAAAUCUAAUCCGUUUAGAUUAUCGUUCAACACACUCUUUAAAUUUACAGUAAAUCUAAUCUGUUUAGAUUAUGGUUCAACACACUCAUUAAAUUUACAGUAAAUCUAAUCCGUUUAGAUUAUGGUUCAACACACUCAUUAAAUUUACAGUAAAUGUGAUUCCCAUUUUAAUAGUACUUUUUGACAACAGUGUGUGUAGCUAAAUGUGCAUAAAAGACAGUAAGGUUUGAUCAACAUUAUCAUAUUGUAAUAUCACUCAGUCAAGACUGAUAUAAUAUUACUGUCAGGAAAAUACAUCGCCAAGCAGUAAAUAUCUCAUUGAUGAUAACUGCUGUUGGUCUGUCUGUCUGUCUGUGCCAAAAUGAAUUGGUCACAUACACAUAUUUUGCCAAUGUUAUUUCGGGUGUAGCGAAACGCUUGUGUUCCUAGCUACAACAGUGCAGUGAUAUCUAACCAGGUCGGGAGUGUCUGUCUGUCUGUGGUUUUGUUACCAAGGGCCCUUUUUUGACAUUCCUAGCUACUAAUCUCGUGUGACAGACUUUUAUCAUCAAAUCUAGCGACAGUCGUUGCCUAUUGCACGCAAGAUGUAGAUCUGUGUUCCGUGAUAAUGUCGCUACGGACGUAGCGUGCCACAGUCACCAGGUUUUACAGGACAUACUCCGCUUCUCACGGGCCUGGCUAGUGCCAACACAAGUGUUUAACAACCACUGCCCCCCCCCCCCCCCCCAACCUUUUCUUACACCUGAAAGUAACAUCCUCAACUCUUUUCUAUAACACAAUAAUAACAUGAUGGUACAUAGGGACCAAGACAGACAGGCAGUCAGUGUUAACAACUAGUAUUGUGUUUAAGACAAGACAAAAGUCCAUAAUGUACUAUCUGUUCUGUAUAUAACUGAUGUGGAAUUAGUGUUUAAUAAACCUGAUUGUAGGACAUGUUUGGCUUUAAAAAUAUA